CAUGUUUCAGUUUCGGUAUGUGGAGGGCUACGUGUAUUGCUACAGAGUUUUAAGAUGUGAUUUGUUUAUUUAUGUUCUUGUUCGGGUUUCUUAGUAAGGUAUACCUUAUAGGCGCUUCCCGUAUUUCUUUUGUAAAGCUGCUAUUUCUGGUACUUAUGGUGCCAAGACAUUACUGUUUGAAAUACAAUAAACUGUUAGAUAUUCAAGUAUGCUGCAGUUACUAUAUAGGGUUGCCACCUGUCCUGUCAGGAAGUUUUGUUAAUAAUCAGGAAAUCUGUGUCCCUAUUAGGAAAACUGGAAAUCAGAGUCGAUGUCAAGAAAUCCAUUCAUGAUCAGCUUUAGGCUUGGCUGGAUUUCUACGUGGAACCUUUUGAAGCAUGCGUUCGUGAGGUGACCAGACCCCAACUAAACUGCAGCAGCAUCCAUCAAGAUAUUGGUCAAAUAGUUGACAGCAAACUCCAUGUCAACUCUACGGUUUUCCUAGAUGCUGUAUUUUCACAGCUAUAAAGAAAAUGGCAGAAAUUUUGGCUGAUCUGUGUGGUACAGAUCCUGCAGAUCCUUUUCCAUUAUGGAAUGACGGUGCUGUUGGACGGUGUUUUAAUCAGCUGGUGCUGAACACCCUGACACAUGUUAUCUUCACCCUGGCUAGUUCAUGCUACCUGGGUAUCCCAAGAUUUCAACAUCCUGGGCACCCAUCAUCUCACAGGUGGCGAUGCAGGAUCAUUGCAUCUUUUCUGGUAUCCAUGCUUUCCCUUGUUGACUUGAUAACAGUGCUGGUCAUUUUUGACACAAAUGUGUAUGUGGAAGUGCUGGCCGACAGUGUUUGUUUACUAGCCUGGAUUGUACACGGACUAGCACUUAUUAUACUAUACAGAUCUGUUUAUCGAAUUUCUCGUGGCCCAGUAGUGCUUGCAGUCAUGGUUCUGUUGCCAGCACCAGCACUAGUCAUUACACUAGUUUGGUAUUGCCAGACUGGAGCCAUAUCUCAUCCACUACAGCCCCUGCAUAUAGUAAGACUUGUGAUUGUAUCUAUGCAGCUGGUACUUCUUCUGGGCUACCUUGUUGCAUUUAUUGCACCGUCAUCUAGAAGAAACUAUCAUUCCUCUAUAAAUGAUGCUUCUGAACGAACACCCCUUAUUACACAUAGUUUGUUCUCUGGUGAACAAAUAGUUGCGGAGGAUGGCGAGGGUUGGUUCUCUCGUAUUUAUUACUGUUGGCUGAAUCCUUUGAUGAUGCAAGGAUAUGCUGGUAAUCUGAACAGUCCACAAAAUGUCUACUUAUUGCCUUACAGACUCAGGACCAAAAAUGUAAGGCGCUUGUUUGAUAGCUGUUGGCAGAAAUGCAAGGAAGAAAAAGCAUCCGUUAAAGUUCAGCAUAGCAGCAGUAGGCCUACUUCUACUGUCAACGCAGAUCUCCAAAAUGGUCCAAAUCAUAUUUAUUCUUCUUCCAGUGAGGUGCAUCAAAAUCUGUCACAUCAACCACAGACUGCUGAAACAGAUGUUAGACUUUUCUCAGUCCUUCACAAGGCUGUAGGGUUAAGAUACUACUGCUUGGGAAUACUAAAACUGUUUGGCAACCUUUUGGCUUUUGCAGGACCUAUCCUUCUAAACCUAUUGGUCUCUUUCAUGGAAUCCCAGAGUGAAUUAUUGAGGUGGGGCAUCCUUUAUGCAGUAGGACUAUUUGCCAGUUCAUUUGUUGGUGCCAUUGUAAGGAACCAGUUCAGUUACGAAGUCACAAAGGUUGUUCUUGCUGCUCGUGCUGCUGUAAUUUCGGCAAUUUACCACAAAGCAGUGUGCGUCAGCAGCACUACAUUGUCCCACUUCACAGUGGGUGAAAUCGUUAACUUUAUGAGUACUGACACAGAUCGUCUGGUGAAUUUUUUUCCUAGUUUCCAUGAGCUUUGGAGCCUUCCUUUUCAGUUUGCCGUUACCCUUUAUCUCUUGUACCUGCAAGUUGGUGUGGCAUUUCUAAGUGGAUUAGCUUUAGCUAUCCUGCUGGUGCCACUGAAUAAGUGCAUUGCUUCUUACAUUGUGGAGAAUAACAAGGAGAUGCUAAAACAUAAGGAUUCAAGAGUUAAGCUGAUGACAGAGAUCCUGUCUGGGAUGCGAGUAAUCAAGUUUUACACAUGGGAGCAACAUUUCCUUGGCAGGGUUGGUGACUGUAGGAAGAAAGAGCUGAAUCGAUUGAAGGCUUUGAAGUAUCUCGAUGCUGUAUGUGUCUACCUGUGGGCGGCACUUCCUGUUGUCAUGUCCAUCUUGACUUUUGUCACCUAUGUUUUGCUAGGACAUGAACUUACAGCAGCAAAGGUUUUUACUGCCUUGGCAUUGGUUGGCAUGUUGAUCCUUCCCUUAAAUUGCUUUCCAUGGGUGUUAAAUGGAAUUUUAGAGGCAAAAGUUUCUUUGGACAGAAUCGAACGCUUCCUGCAGCUGCCAGACCAGGACAUUCAUUCCUACUACAGUAUUGAUGGUCCUAACGAUCCAAAUCUGGCAGCUGAAUUGCUGCACUCCAGUUUCUCAUGGUCAGUGCCAGUUCUUGGCAACAGAGACUUCCAUCAAACAAGUGAAAGUGCCUCUCCAACAAAGUGUUUGCAACUAUCUGACCUUAAUCUGCAUGUAAACAAGGGAACCUUAAUUGGUGUUGUUGGGAAGGUCGGCUGUGGAAAGAGCUCCCUUUUGUCAGCAAUCAGUGGAGAGCUGAACUGGUGUGGUGGCACAAUCUAUGUUUCAUCUCUCCAUGAUGGAUUUGGCUUGGCUGUGCAAGAACCCUGGAUACAGUAUGCUACAGUUCAGGAAAACAUUCUGUUUGGCAAACGAUUUAACAGCAAACUUUACAAUGAUGUCAUUGAAGCCUGUGCACUAACAGAUGAUCUAAAUAUUCUGCCAGCUGGUGACCAAACAGAAGUGGGGGAAAAUGGAGUCACUCUUAGUGGAGGACAGAAGGCAAGGAUUGCUCUUGCAAGAGCUGUGUACUUGGAUAAAGACAUGUACCUUCUUGAUGACCCUCUGUCUGCUGUUGACAGUGAUGUUGCUGAUCACAUAAUGGAAAAAUGCAUUCUUGGCCUUCUCAAGUCCAAGACUAGGAUCCUCUGCACCCACAGAAUAGAGUUUUUGGAAAUGGCAGAUAAAGUUGUGUUAAUGGACAGUGGAAGAAUUGUAAAGACAGGUGCACCUUCUGAAAUUCUUCCACUGGUAGAAGCUGUUCCCAGGAGUCGUCGUAAUUGUGGCAAAUACAAAGAUAAAGGUGACAAAGAUGAAGAAAAUUUAGAAAUAGAAGAAGAAGAAGCUAAUGAAACCAUGGAUUCACCUGUGCCUGAGGACCGGACAUCCAUUCAGGAGGAAAAGAAAGUUGGUGCAGUUGCAUUCCCAGUUUAUAAAGCAUACUGGUUUGCAGUUGGCAGCUGCCUGGCAUUUUCAGUACUUCUGUCACUUCUUCUUAUGCAAGCAUCCAGGAAUGUUUCUGACUGGUGGCUGUCUAACUGGAUAUCUAGCCUACAGAAGACUGAACAUAACUCCACAAGGGAUCUUCGUAUUGCUCGUCUGUCACCCCACUUACUGCUUUUCUCAAGUGGAGGCCUUGUGUCUCCCAUUACAAUGGCUGACACGGCUCCUACCCAUCCAAACAGCACAUCAAAUGUCAAGUUCUACCUCACUGUAUAUGGCUGCAUUGCUGUGGCAAACACUAUCUUUACCGCCCUCCGUGCAUUCUUGUUUGCCUAUGGUGCCAUCUGUGCUGCAACAGUCAUUCAUAACAAGCUGCUACACAGAGUGCUGAAGGCUACAGUGACCUUCUUUGAUACAACACCAACUGGGCGGAUUGUUAAUCGAUUCUCUUCUGAUCUGUACAGUGUGGAUGAUUCACUUCCUUUCAUCCUAAACAUUUUCCUGGCCAAUAUAUACAAUUUGUUGGGGAUGUUGAUAGUCAUCAGUUAUGGUUUACCAUGGAUCUUACUUGUCAUUGCUCCCUUGGCUGUCCUGUAUUUCUUCAUCCAACGCUAUUAUCGCUGUACAUCCAGAGAACUGAAGCGCCUUUACAGCAUCACUCUAUCCCCUAUCUACACCCAUUUUUCGGAGACAUUAACUGGACUGACUACAAUACGUGCAUUACGAGCCACAAACAGGUUUGAAGAGCAGAAUGAAACUCGACUGGAGGUUAACCUUCGUUGUCUUUUCGCUUGCAAUGCUGCUGUACAGUGGCUAGAUAUCCGUCUACAGAUGAUUGGCAUUUUAGUGAUAACUGGAAUCGCUACAAUAGCUGUCAUUCAACAUGUCACCAGAAGUGUAGACCCAGGAUUGGUUGGUCUGGCAUUAUCUUAUGCCCUGUCUGUUACUAACUUGUUAUCAAACCUCAUUACCAGUUUUACACAGACUGAGACCAUGAUGGUGAGUGUGGAACGUGCAGAGGAAUACUCAACGGAUAUCACAGUUGAGCCUCAGGAUGGCCUUUAUCAGGUUUCUCCAGCUUGGCCAGAUCAGGGACAAAUUGAGUUUCAGAAUGUCGUCUUGGUUUAUCGCCCUGGAUUACCAAAUGCUUUAGAUGGGUUGAAUUUUACUAUCUGCCCUGGAGAGAAGGUGGGCAUUGUUGGUAGGACAGGAUCUGGGAAGUCCACCAUAUUCCUUGCAUUAUUUCGUAUGGUAGAGCUCACUGAAGGCCAGAUCCUUGUUGACAGAAUGAACAUACGAAAUAUCAGCUUAAAGGACCUCAGGUCAAGGUUGUCAGUUAUUCCACAAGAUCCAUUCCUAUUCAGUGGGACAGUCCGGGAAAACUUGGACCCUUCCAGCUAUCACACUGAUGAGAUGCUGUAUGAUGUGCUAGAACAGUGCCACUUGAAGGAUGUGAUCAUUAGAAUGGGUGGACUGAAUGCAGAGCUGAAUGAGAGAGGACGAAGUUUGUCUGUUGGACAGCGACAGCUGAUGUGCUUGGCAAGGGCACUUCUGACUCAGGCUAAGAUUUUAUGCAUUGAUGAAGCCACGGCCAGUGUGGACCAGAAGACUGAUCAGCUUCUUCAGCAGACAAUCCGAGAGAAAUUUGCGGACAAAACUGUACUGACAAUUGCACACAGACUGAAUACUAUCAUGGACUCGGACAAGGUGCUGGUGAUACAUGCAGGAAAGGUGGUUCAAUGUGGUGCCCCAGAAGUACUUUCUGAAAAAUUGGGUUCAUACUUUGCUCAGUCGGUAUAUGAUGGACAGGAGUGACUCCAUAGUCCUAUCAAGAUUACAAAAGCUGCUAACUCCAGUUUUCACUCCCUGAUGACCAGUUCAUCAACACUGGUGUCCACCUCUUCUUAUAAUCUUUCAUUGAUACAGUACUAAAAGGCACCAGCCAUCUUCACAAGUGUUCUUAGAAACGCACUAUGGAAAUAAAUGUUCAAUGGAAGAAGGCCAUUUGGCCCACCUAAUUAUGUACAUUGUCUUUACACGGCUACAGACCUUAAAUACGUUGUAUCAAUUUUUCUUCUCCAAACCUGUAUGCAGGUCUCCCCCUGAUUUGGUCCCGUGCAUCAAACAUUCAAGCACAGAAUGCUUUUCCAGAUACUGCAGUUAAUACAGGGAAGUAAUGCAGAUAGCUAUAAUUUCUUAGUAAGGUCAAGUCAUAGGUUGUAUUAAACCACUGGAAAUGGAAUUUCUUUUCCAGAUAUGUAACUACUAUUUCAAUAAAGAAGUGCUUUCUCCUAACCUUGUUUAAAUCUAGCCAACUCCCAACAUGGCUUCAGGCCAAAUCACAGUACCACAUCAGCCCUACUAUCCUUUUCUAAUACCAUCAAUAACUUCAGAAACAAUAAUAAACUAUCAUCUGC